CUGUCCCCAGAUCCCGUCGCGCCAUCUGGCAGUUCAGUGUCAUUGUUUUGUUCACGGGGUAGCUUCGAAGCUCUCGCAUCCUAUUUUACACUGCAAGUUUGACCUUCAGGGGCCUCCAACACUAUCCUGACGCAGCCUGUUGAUAGUGUAAGGAACCGGCUCGCCGACAUGGGUGACACCUUGGGCGCGGCCUGAUGGCGGCGGGGAGUUGCCCCCUGGCCGGAGGGACCAUCGCGUGCUUGGGGGGACGCGGGCGGGGCGUGACGGAGGAGGAGGAGGCGGAGGCGGAGGCGGCAGGAGAAGAGGGAAGAGGAGGAAGAGGAGGAAGAGGCCCUGCAGCACCCCGGGAAUUGGUGACGGAGGCCAGCAUGGAGGCGGAGGAGCAGGAGUACGCGGACACUGGCGGGUCAGGGGUCAUGGUGUCCAACCUGCCACUGCUUUUCUCCCGCGGCAGCCCCUCCUCCCUGCGUGACAUGCCCCAGAAUGAGCUGGAAGUGUUCGUUGCCCUCAUGGUGCAGUGCAGUGUGGGGGAGGAGCGGCUCGUCCCCUGGUCCGAUCUUCCGAGGCCUCCCUGGUGGCCCAAGAAACUCCCCUUCAGGAUGGCCGCCCUCCAGAAGUGCUUUGAUGGGCCUAGUAGAGAGGUGUUACUCCUUCCACGGAUGCGAGUACCUCCUUCAGUUCUGCGCGUCCCUCGUGGCCCAGAUGCCCCCUGCUGGCUACCGUUUCAAUGACAACAGGGACGGCACCACCUCCAUGUACCACGGCAACACUGGCAAGCUUCUCGUCACCUUCAGGAAUGAGAACAGGGACUAUGACAAGUUUCAGCACAGCAGGAAGGGCAGGGACGCCACCAAGAAGCUGCUGCUCUCCCCUACAUCAAGCAUCGUUGGUGGCGGUGGUGGUGGUGGUGGUUCCUCAGCAUCCAUAAUACAGCCAGACAUUUACCUCUGCGACAAGUGUGAGAACGAAUUCUACUCCCUGAAGGAAGUAAAGGCUCACGAGAGGCACUGCUGUGGUGAAGUGCCAUCUGGCCCACCCACACCUUCCCCAGAGCCUGAGGUGCCGGAAGAAGAGCCAGAACCAACAGGACAGGUUCCCUUCCUCUCCUACUUCAACCUGCGACCAGCACAACACACUGGCCUGGAGCCGCACACAUCCCCUCGGAAGAAGAGUGUGAGCAGCCCCCCUGCCAAGCUACCAGGACCCAUCUACCCGCGCUACGACACCAUUGCCCUCUCCUCUCCACUUGGACGGUACCUCAUCGCACACUCCAAGUUCCGCAGCAAGUACCAGGCUGCUCAGCACUCCGUCAUGAGGUACGAAAGGCACCUGCACGCCACACCCAAUGCCGACAUCAACUACAGGGAAAGAUGCACUAGUCGAUGGAUUGUGGUGUGGCGGAAUCGUAAAGAGCAGCAGCCAUGGGUCCAUCUCUACUGCUUCAACCGGGCACAGCGCAGGGAGCGGAUGAUUACUCUGCGAACAGGACUCACCAGGGAGAGCCGGCGCCUGCUGAGGCUGUGCCGGCCACUGGUGGUGCGGGUGAAGCGGCUGCCCAAGAGGACCGUGGACCGGCUACUGCGGCUGGGCGGCCCCAACUCAGCACCCUGCAUCGACCUGACUGACGAGCAGCAGCACCUGGUGGUGGGCCAGCCCCUGGCCCAGCCGCUAGACCCUCAGCUUGCCUACUGGGUGGAGCCUGGGAGUUCCCUGGGGCAAGGCACCAUGGAGCUGCAGUGGGUGACGGGACUGCCAGAGCAGAAUAGCAUGUGUCUGCCAGGCGGCAGUGGCACCCUGCCCCCCCAGUACACUUCCCAGCUGGGAAUGCGAAACAUGGUGGGCCUCACUGUGGGUCACCACAGCUCACUCAACCUGCUACCUGUGGUGCCUGGUGCUGUGCAGCACCAGCUGCCCCCUGGCCUCACCAUACAGCCAUCCCCGCUGUCCUCCCGGCCACUGCUGUCUCUUUCUGCCAACAACAGUCACUUCAAGGCAUCCCAGAACAUGCCAGUGGAGGACAGCCUGGGGCGGCUGCACUACCCACUCACACCGGAUGUGUCCAUCUCUCCCAUCGGCGGCCCGGCACAGCCCACCCGUAGCCAGCUGGAGGCAGACCGCAUGAAGCCACUCUCCAGGAAAAAGUUCCCUAAUCACCUGGGGCCUAGUCCAGGAAUGAUUCAAGUCAACAGGCAACAGACCAGGCCAGCUAUGACAUUCCCUGCCAGCCAGCCCCUGCACCCUGUGCCCCCGCAGCCCCCGGACUGGGAGAGGGUGGCCCCCCUGGCAGGUAGUGAGGGCAACAGCCUGUCCUACACCCACACCAGCUCUUCCAUUGAGGUCAUCGACCUGUCUAGUGACGAGGAUGACUAUGGCCGGGCAGGGCGCAGCCGCAGCGAGGCGGCUAACGCCCCGCAGCAGCUGGAUGGGCUAGCCUGCUAUCCUCACACUGGGGCCAAGGUGCCCUCAGAGUCGUCAGAAUAUUCUUUGUCAAAAAAUGUGAAUAGCCAUUGGUCGUCUCAACAAAAGUCUCACUGUGGAGCUGGACGCGUAGGAGACUUGGCGACCAAUGGCCAGCCUCCGAACGUCCUGCCCAGCCCCACCACUCCACGUCCCAGCCCUCAGGCACUCUGGCCCAGAGCAAACAGCCGCAAGAGGAAGAUUGAAGUAGACCAGGUGCAACAUGGGGAUAAGACCAUCGUCCUGGACCUCACCAGCCGGGGAGUGGUAGUGUCCAAGGUGGACCGACGCCUCACCCCCACCACGUCAGCCAGUGCAGACCGUGGCCCACCUCACAGGGAGUGCUGGAGGAUUGGUGAGGUGUCCACAUCUUCCCUCCUUUACCCCACCAUCUCCAUCAACCAGACUAACUUGACCUCAGACACUUGCAACUCUCUCCAAAUGGAUCAAGACCUCCCCACCAGCCAGCUGGGGUGUGUGCAGCGGGGCUCUGAGGAAGUUCAGGGCAGUCCAAGGCAGGAGGCAGCACCCAAGAUCAGAUUCCUGAACAGCCUGGUGAGCAAGGGUGUGGAGUUCUUCAAAUCCCUGAUGAGUAAGGACAGCGAGGCAUUGCAGGUGUCCAUGGGGACUCCUGCAGGAUCUACAAGAUUGGGGGGCGGGCGCCGCCGACGGGCACGGGGCAGCCCAGCCUCUGCCAAGAGGAGCUCUGAGGUACAGAAGCUGCUGAGGGAUGAGUGUCGGGAGCUGCGGCGUGGUGGCCUGCGGGAGCUGAGUCAUCUGGACCCGCAGGGCAUCAGACUCACCCGUAGGUCAGUGGGUCACAUCUUACCGGGGAUGCAGUCUGCCAGGAAGAACCUCAGUCCCCGGCUGGGUGAGAACUGCCCACCAAACAGGAACAGCAGCAAGGCUAAGAAGGAGGAGGGGAGGGGAGGCCACAGGGAGGCAGUGGUCUGUGGCCCCAUUGGCCUCAAGGGUCCUGCUCCCCUCGGUAUAGAUGAGAACGGUAACUCUGCCUCCUAUGUCCAGGCCUCCCGGGGUCAGAGUGGCUGGGGUGCAGCGGCUGAGGCUCCCAGGCAGUGGAAGGUUGGGCCGGCUGGUCCUCCCUCCACGCUAGACAAGAGUGACGGCAAGUUUGGCAGUGGUAAUGUUGCUGGGAAAAGUACAGUAUUCAGUGAACUUAGCAUCAGAAAUAGUGAGGUUUUGGUGAAUAGUUGUAGUGGUGUGUGGGAGAGCAGAGUGACUAAUAACUUACAAUAUACACGGUGUAGUACUGCAGGUGUCAAUAGCAUAGUGACUCCCACAGAGGUGGAGGCCAAAAAAAAUUACUUAUCCCGUGAUAGUGUGUUGGCCGUGAGAAGGCUGAACGGCUUCACCCGGGGAAUGGGGCGGCCUGUUUGUGGGCCCACAGGGAAGGCAGCAGUGGGGGAGAAAGUCACACCUGGCACGCCCUGGGGUGCCAGCAACAAUACCUCCAUGGGCGGCAUCAAUACCACCACUCCACCUUGCCUCACCAAGGAUGUGCCCUCCCUCAGCCCAACAGCAGCGCGGCCAGAGCUGACAGGGAAGACCGCCGAGGAGUGUGGUGCCCAGCUGGCCCUGUGCCCCCUGCCAGACCAGUUGCAGCAUCACCCAGCUGGCUCUGACACUCCCCCGACCACCCCCAACCGACUGCACCUCACACUCCUCAACUCCAUCAGAAACUCUCCAGCCGGCAAGCACCCCGUCCGGCCCCCCAGCCCGGAGCAGGAGCCCCCACCGUACCUCAGCCCAUCGGCCAAGCCUCAGAGUACAAACCGGAGGAAGAGAGCCAGACUGCACCGGGAGCUGAUCAACCUGGGGCGUGAUGAGUACAAGGAGAUUCGUGGCACGGGGUUCCACCCCUCAGACUUCCUGGGGCACGAGGAGGUGAAGUACCUCAGCGUUAGCUCAGAUGAGGAUGAGGCACCCUCCCCUUCCACCUUCUUCAGCCGUCCCCAGCCAGUCAGGCCAGUUGGUGGCAGGGCCAGGGAGCCACUGCAGUCCACCAAGGUGAGCCGGGAGGUGGCCAGGCUGCUGAAGGAUGAGUGCAAGGAGCUGCAGGACCGCCAGUCCGGCAGGGCCAAGUGGGACCGAGACAGGGAGAAGGGCAGGUGUAGGAGCAUGCAUCCUCAGGCCAGGCUGGCUCACUCCAUUGACACCCUGGCGGAGGAGUACCAGGAGGCAUGGGUCAGCAGCAGGUGCAGCACGCGGUCUCAGGUGAACGCUCACCCAGUGGUGGAGACGUUCACCCCCAGGGACAGCCACCGCCACCUGCUGAGGUCAGAAGUGGCCAUGUGUGUGCUGAACUAUGAGUUACCAAAUAUUCACUAAGUCUGCAGGAAGGGGGACUUGUCUAGACUCAGGCAGGAUCUUCACUGUCUUUCAGUUUGGUUUAGUUCUUUGGUUUAGCUGAGACGUCUCCUCCGCUGCCGUCCGUGGCGGAGAGGAGCCACACCACGCACGGCUGCUCCUCGACUGUGCCACUCUGACUUUGGGACGGCCGAGACCAAGCCUAGUGGCAGUGAUGGGGGCAUGUGUGUGUGAUAUUUAGCAGUGAUAUUCUGGUAGACCUGACUUGCUGGGACUGGCCGAGGGUUGGCGUCCUGACUUGGCCAUCACGUGAUGAUGUGGUGACACUUUGAGUAUGAGGGGACAAGCAUCAUUUAAGCCCUAACAGUUUUCUGCAUCACAUCUCAUCAUUAAUCAGUAUUCAUUUAACUUCAUUUUGCCAUUCACUUUAACUCAUCAAACUAUCAGCACAUUUUAUCUUGCCUCAUCAGCACCAGUGAAUUUUAUUUGAUCUCAUGAACAUGUUCAUCAUUUCCUCAUCAUUCUGAGAGCUUUGUUGUGAAUGAAGGACACUGGCAUAGAAAAUAACAUGAGGGCCAGUGUGGUCCAGGCAGAGAGCAAGCACCACAGCAGCAGUGACCAGGGUGGAAGCACAGCAGAGUGUCUGUCUCGUCUCAUCACUACACUUGGACUUAAUCCCACCUCUCCACAACACACACUCCCCUUAACUCAUUCUGCUGUCUCUUACAUUUCAGGGUCUCAUCUCUGCUUCUUUCAAAAGGCUCUAGCAGAAAUUUAUAAGGUUUUCAAGGCUGUUUUUAUUAUUCUAAUGAUAGUUAAGGAUCUCACCAGCUGUAGAGAGAGAGAGAGAGAGAGAGAGAGAGAGAGAGAGAGAGAGAGAGAGAGAGAGAGAGAGAGAGAGAAAAAAAAAACUUGAGAACCUGACUAAUCAAUUCUUUGGCCUCUGAAAAUGGUUCAAAUGAGAGAACUUAGCAUUUCAAAAUACAGGCCCUUGGCACAUCCACCUCACAUUCUCCACACCAGUGUUUCAAGUUUCUCUUGUAAUGGUUGGAACAAAAGUGAUGGCUUGAUUGUGUGUGCGUGUGUGUGUUAAUGAUGCCCCCUCUGGUCACUCUCUAGUGUGUGCGGAAGUGAGUGGCAGUAGUGUGCUGGUGUGGCGCCAACACCACCACUCAAUUAUCAGCAAAUUCUUUGUUGUUUUGACCAAAGUAUUGGUAUUGUCAAGGAUAGAAUUAUGUGGCUUUGUAGAACAGUGUUAUUUUAGUUGCUUCUUCACUAAUUAAUUUUGCUCAAUAGAUCUUUAUCAGUUUCCCUUUGUGAGGCAGUAACUUUUAUUUCCUCUCAGUAUAUUUAGUUUGUCAGUAUUUAAUUGUGCUGAACGUUUACUAGCUGCUCCAUAAGUGAGAAUAUUAAAUUUAGCACAACAGAUGGUGAGGCUGUGCUGGUGAUGUGCCUCAGUGUAGGGAACACCACACCACACAUGCACCACUUCCACUAUAAUGUUAUGAUGAAAAUAAUGCUCUCUGCCUUGGUGACCUCUCAAUAUGUAUUCUACUAAUGGGAAGCUGUGCUUCCAUACAACAUACACAAGACCCUACAAGCCACAACCAGCGGCCAGGGAGCCAAGGUCAGGGUUUUGUCUGGUGUAAUGGUGUCACAUUCUGUAUUAUGUUGAGUCAGUGGCUCAACUUUCCCCUUGAAAGCUGUGGCAAGUGUUGGAUGAGGUUAAUGUGAACUUUGUAGUGUUUGUGUUAACAUAUUUCUGCCUUGUUAUAUCACACCACAACUUGAGAUGUUGGGAUGUAGUGUGGCUGUAUAUAGUUAUUUUAAAACAACCUUUAGAACAAAGUUACUUUAAUACAAAUUACUCUUUACAAGUGUGUGCUUUGCUGAGUUAUUUAUUGGUGGUGUUGGCUUCCUCCAUCAGUCUGACGUGCCCAGCUUGGCUCAGAGGAAAUUAGGGUGUGGGGUGCAUGGGUGUGGUGGCCAAAGGGUGAGGGGAGGGAGGCACCAGCCAUUAAGGGUAGGAGGGGAGAGCACUGGCAGUGACUGGCAUUGUUUGUGGCAUCACUGCUCUCCUCCAAGCAGUGAGUCACACACCACCUGGAGCAUUGGCUCAGGCACUGCUGAGAGGCACACCACCACACACAACUCUCUUAAAGUUGAUUAACUUUUCUCUGAGACAUUUGAACAUUUUUCUUAAUUAUGGGAUGCUUAGUCUUGUCUCAUGGCUCAAGUUUGUGUGAUGACCUGGUGACCCCUGGUGUGUCAGCACCAAGAGCAUCAGAAGUCCCAGAUGGUGCCCUGGUGUGGCCUGAUUUUCUCUGGCUGGAGUCGUGGUGUGGUGUGCCUCACUGGGUGGCUGAUACUGGUGUUCUCUCCAACAGAUCAACUCUGCACUUUGUUCACUAUUGCAGAUGAUGGUUUUUGUGCCUUAAACCAGAACUAAAUUUUGCAUCUGCUGAUUUUACAAUUCUGGCAGUGCAUUGUUGUCGAUAUUUGUUGGUGGAACCACCAAAAAGACCAAAUCUUUCUUGUGAGAACUUAUUUAUAUUUGAACCUUUUGUAAGUGGUUCCCCAUGUUGUAGUGCCCCUCAUGCCCAGACUCAGGAUGCUUGGUGGACAUGACUUCAGUGACAGUCUGUAAUGUCUUGGAGUUUAGGAAUUUAAUGAAAAACAGACACAACCACCUAUGACAUCCUGGUGGGAGAGUGACUAGCACUGAGGUGUUUGUGUCCCUCCUGUCCUGAGUGUGCAUGUGUGUUGCCUCAGGAUGAACACACAUCCGCUGGUUCUGAAAGAGACAAGACACAGAUCAGUGUGGCAGUGACAGCAAUGCGGGGAACCACUGACAAGCUCAUUUUGUUUUAUUUAUUCUCUGAUGUACCAUGAUUCCUAUCGCCUUCCUGUCCGUGUACUGCGUCGUGUACAUUACGUAUGUAUGAUUCCCUAUGCAGAAGUUCCUGCAGAGUCAUUUUCUUUAACUAUACGUACUGUAAAGUAAUCAUAGUCAUGUAUACAUAUUGGUUUUUUACAAUGAGGAAAUACUCAUGUAUGUAGAGGAACAAGUAAAGUUAUCAUAACAGUGAAAAAGGAGUGUGUGAGGUAGCCAUGGAGUGUGUCAAGGGGUGUAUUCAAGGCUUGUGUUCUUAAUUAAACAUGCUGUCUCUCAUCAGGAUCAUCUUUGAAGGCCAGGGAUGAUCAGUCAAGUUUUCAAGGGUGUUUCCCCCAAUGACAAUGCAUAAUCAGUUUUCAGCUAUCAUUAGAACCAUAAAGACACCCUGGAGAUGGAGAGCCUGCAUAAAGUUGAGAUGAGAUGACAAAUUGUUUAAGAAUAUGACCAAGUGGAGAACAAGUAUUAGGAAUGCUGUUGUGGGAGAAGAUGAGGGAUGAAGCAGGAGUACUUUCAUCUUAACCUUUCAACUGCUGCAUUCUUCGGAGCUGUGACAUCUGCAAGUUGGUGGUGUAGAAGGAAGAGACAGGAUGAUGGAUAUCAUUGAGAGAGGAUACAAGGUGAUGAAGGGAGGAGAGGAAGAACAGUGUAAGUGGAGAUAAGAGGGGAAGAGAACAGAAUGAAUGAAGAGGAUGACUGGAGAUGAUGAUGGUGAGACAAAUGGGAAAAGUGGUGAGGAAGAGAGGAGGAGGAGGAGAAGAGAUUGACUGAAUGAAGGUAGGAAGAGGAGAGACUGAGUGAAGGUAACAGGUUCAAAGACUGAUAAUUCAUUUCUUACUCCUCUACUAAAAAAAGAAGAGACACCACAGAUCGUUACAUGUCCUAUGCUGGUGGAUUACUCACUGUGAUUUGGCGGACUUGUAAACCCAAUCACCACACCACACCACCACAAGACAAUGCUUUACCCCACCACACAAUUCCCUCUCCCUCUUCCCCCUACCAGCCAAGAUACCCCAAAGCAUACAUUAUUAUCACUGUACAUAAACUUCACUUAGGUCUCCACAUAUGCAUAUAGAUAUAUAUAUUUAUUUAAUACCCUUCUUUGAUAAAGCUUUAGACUAUGUAAAUAUGUAUGUAUAUAUGUAUGUACAGUGUCAACCUGUAUCUGGAAGUGUGGUGGACAGGCUGGGAACAGGACAUGGAGGGUUAGAAAAGAAGGCUGGGGAGGAUAAGGCAUGGAAGAAGGCAGGAUGUGGCAGAAUGAAAAGACUGGUUAGAACAGGAUGAGGAAGAAGAGAAAAGACAGGCAGGAUGUGAUAGGACAAUAGGAAACAAGGUAGAAAGCACAGGGUAACAGUUAGGUCAGUGUGUGUAUACCAUUAGGGUUGACAGUGGUUAUAGUGGGCUAUAGGUUUUUUGUAAGGCAUGGUGGUAAGGAAAGAAGGGAUGGGAGGACGGAAGCCUUAAAAGGCAGCAAGGAAAGAGGCAUCUUGAAAGGUUAAGAGAAGGAAAGAUGGAGGAUUAAGAGGAAGAAGAAAAGAUGGAGGGUUAAAAAGAAGGAAUGAAGGUGAAAAAAAAGAUUAGCAGAAAGAGGAGGAAAGAGAAGAGUUAUGGAAUAUAUAUGGCAUGGGAGAUAACUGAGAGGCAAAGGGAAGAGGUGGGGAUGAAAUCAGUACAGGUGACCCAAGAAAUGAAAUCACAAAUUUCACAGAAUUUUGUGUCUAUAAAUCCAACAAAUCAAUGAAUGGACUAAGACUGCAUUGCUCCAAGACAUUCACAAACACCAAGAUGAACUGGGGAUAUGAUUGGUGGAGGCAGCGUACAGUACCAGGUUUUGAUUGAGGCCUCUUGAGCAUAACAUUUCUUUGGGCAAGUGUGCUUUACCUCUCAUACUUUUUGAAGUGCUGAAACUGAAGAAACUGAAGAACAGAAUUUUACACUUUUCUCCCCUCAUUCAUCUUAAUCUAUUAUAGUUACUGCCUGAAAUAGCUUUGUACUGGCAGGAUAGAUUUUUUUUUCUCCAUACCUACCAUUUCUCUCUCUCUCUCUCUCUCUCUCUCUCUCUCUCUCUCUCUCUCUCUCUCUCUCUCUCUCUCUCUCUCUCCAAGCAAGGGCCACGUUCUCAAAUUUUUUCCGCAUCUCAUCAUGGCUACUCUUAACAGGCCUUAAUGGGAAUUACUGGAGUUUUAAGAAUGCUUUCAUCUGUUGAUAAUUUAAAAGGCUAGAUAUAACUUUAACAGAGUUUACUGGAAAUUAUAACGGUUUUCAGGAGUUUUCAUGAUUCUAUUAAUAGUUUAGUAGCUCAAAUGUAAGUUCUUAAGAUUUUUAACAGUAUUUUCAUGAUUUCAGUGAUAAUUUAACAAGGCUAGUGAUAGUUAAACAAGACUAAGGAUAGUUGAAUAGGCUCUAGUGGAAGUUAUUAUUGAUUUUCGUGUUUUAAUAAUUACAGUGAUAGUUUAAGGAUUCUGCAUUGAGAGAGAGAGAGAGAGAGAGAGAGAGAGAGAGAGAGAGAGAGAGAGAGAGAGAGAGAGAGAGAGAGAGAGAGAGAGAGAGAGAGAGAGAGAGAGAGAGAGA